AUGCAAUAGGGAUGGCAAUUUCAAAACCACUCUCUGCAUUAUCUUGCAUUUCGUUUUUAGCUCUAUAUCUUUCUUUCUACACAAUCACACCUUGUAGCUCUUCAACCUCUCUACAAGAUGACUUCAUCAAAUGUAUCCACGAAAACACAAAUGUCGAUUUCCCACUCGACAAAACAUUUUUCGCUCCCGAAAGAAACGCCUCGAUCUUCGUUGAAGUCCUUGAAUCGACGGCUCAAAAUCAACGGUACUUGACCAACUCAAUGCCUAAACCGGGUUUGAUAUUUAAACCGGUUCACGAAUUUCACGUCCAAGCUUCCAUCAUUUGCUCUAAGAAACUCGGAGUUCAUUUCCGUGUUAGAAGCGGUGGUCACGAUUACGAAGGAGUGUCUUAUGUUUCACAGAUCGAAACACCGUUUAUAAUUAUUGAUUUGUCGAGACUGAGACAGAUCAAUGUUGAUAUUGAAGACAAUAGUGCAUGGGUUCAAGCUGGUGCUACAAUAGCCGGAAACAAUGGAAACAAGACUGUGGCAAUGUCUUACAUAGGUCAGUUUCUUGGCGAGAAAGGCAAAUUGAUGGAGGUAAUGCACAGGGAUUUUCCAGAACUAGGGCUAACUCAGGAGGAUUGUAUAGACAUGAGCUGGAUCGAAUCCAUUGUCUACAACUCUGGAUUCCGGACAAACCCUCUUCCUCCUCCUGAGAUUUUGCUUCAAGAAAAGUCACCUAUCGGAGAAGUUUACUUCAAAGGAAAAUCGGAUUUCGCUAAAGAACCUAUUCCUGUUUUAGGUCUUAAAGGGAUGAUCAAGAAGUUUCUUGAGGAAGACGCAGUGUUAGUUAUUUGGACUCCUUACGGUGGAAUGAUGGAUAAAAUCCAUGAAUCUGAUAUCCCAUUCCCUCAUAGAAGCGGGACCAUCUUCAUGAUUCAAUAUUACAAGAGUUGGUCAGACAGCGAGAAGAGACCGGACAUGCGUAUCAAAUGGAUCAGAGAGCUGUACGAUUACAUGACGCCUUAUGUCUCAAGCAAUCCAAGACAAUCAUAUGUGAACUACAGAGAUCUAGACCUGGGAAAGAACUCCAAGAACUCAAAGGAAAACUUGAGAAACGCUCAAAUCUGGGGAGCUAAGUACUUCAAAGACAAUUUCAAUAGAUUGGUGAAGGUUAAAACAAAGGUUGAUCCAGAGAACUUCUUCAGACACGAACAGAGUAUCCCACCACUUUGCUUAAGC